AUGUAUUUGACUACACCAGUUGAUGUGCUAAAAGCAUUAGACUUUCAUAAUUCACCAGAGGGAAUAUCAAAAACAGCAGGAUUCUGCACAAACAGAAGGAAUUCAAAAGGUUCAGAUACUGCUUAUAAAGUUACAAAACAAGCACAGAUCAGUGCCCCCACAAAACAGCUAUAUCCAGGUGGAACAUUUCCUCAAGAUUUUUCAAUAUUAUUCACUGUGAAGCCCAAAAAAGGAAUACAAUCCUUUCUUUUAUCCAUCUAUAAUGAGCAGGGUAUUCAGCAAAUUGGUGUAGAGGUUGGAAGGUCUCCUGUCUUCCUCUAUGAAGAUCAACAUGGAAAACCUGCCCCAGAAGACUAUCCUCUUUUCAGAACUGUCAACAUUGCUGAUGGGAAUGUUGCAUUCAGGGAAAUAGGGAAAGGGACAAGUCUGCACCCACCCCUCUUAUCUUCAGACUUUUGCUCAGGCCCUAUGACCAUGGAUGUAGGUUUGGCAUGCAAAAAUGGGAUGAACCAGGGUGAUAUCCAGCAGCUAUUAAUUACAGCUGACCCUAAAGCAGCUUAUGACUACUGUGAGCAUUAUAGUCCAGACUGUGAUUCCCCCAGCCCCAAUGCUGCUCAGGCCCAGGAACCACAUAUCGAGGAGAAAAAGAAAUCCAAUCCCCCAAAGAAGAAGAGGACAGUGGCCAGUAACUCAAAGGGAAAAUCCAAAAAGGUCACGCCCCCCAAAUCUGAAAAAAAUGCAUCCAAGAAGAAGAAAAGUUACCAGGCUGCAGCCAGAGGCAAACUAGGGGUCAAGGCAAAUGUUGUGGAUGAUUUUCAAGAAUACAACUAUGGAACAUCUGAAAGCUACCAGACUGAAAAUCCUAGGCGGGUAUCAGGACCAAAUGAGCAAGAUCCAGUUGAAGAAGUAUUUACUGAAGAAUACAUAACUGGAGAGGAUUAUGAUUCCCAGAGAAAAACAGUCGAGGAUAACCAAUAUGAAAACAAAGGAGUAGACGGCAGGGAUUCUGAUCUUCUGGUAGAUGGAGAUUUAGGAGAAUAUGAUUUUUAUGAAUAUAAGGAAUAUGAAGAUAAACCCACCAUUCCCACUAAUGAAGAAUUUGGUCCAGGUGUACCAGCUGAAACUGAUAUCACAGAAACAAGCAUACAUGGUCAUGGUGCAUAUGGGGAAAAGGGACAGAAAGGAGAACCAGCUGUAGUUGAACCUGGUCUUAUGGGUCCUCCUGGUUUGCAAGGCCCCACUGGACCUCCUGGUGAUCCUGGUGAGAGGGGACCAGCUGGACGUCCUGGCUUACCAGGGGCUGAUGGCUUACCUGGCCCUCCUGGCACCAUGUUGAUGUUACCAUUUCGCUAUGGAGGAGAUGGUUCCAAAGGACCCACCAUCUCUGCUCAAGAAGCUCAGGCUCAAGCUAUUCUUCAGCAAGCUCGGAUUGCCCUCCGAGGUCCGCCUGGCCCAAUGGGUCUAACUGGAAGACCAGGUCCUGUGGGUGGUCCUGGUUCAGCAGGGGCCAAAGGAGAAGGGGGUGAACCAGGUCCUCAGGGUCCUCGUGGUGUUCAAGGUCCUCCUGGUCCAACUGGCAAAGCUGGAAAAAGGGGUCGCCCAGGUGCUGAUGGAGGAAGAGGAAUGCCAGGAGAACCCGGGGCAAAGGGUGACAGAGGAUUUGAUGGGCUUCCUGGUCUACCUGGUGACAAAGGCCAUCGAGGAGAACGUGGUCCCCAAGGUCCUCCUGGCUCUCCUGGUGAAGAUGGAAUGAGAGGAGAAGAUGGAGAAAUUGGACCAAGAGGUCUUCCAGGUGAAGCUGGUCCACGAGGUCUGUUGGGACCCAGAGGAACACCUGGCCCUACAGGACAGCCUGGCCCUCAAGGAAAACCUGGUCUUGCUGGACUUGCUGGUGCUGAUGGUCCUCCUGGUCAUCCUGGCAAAGAAGGCCAAUCUGGAGAAAAGGGUGCUCUGGGCCCUCCUGGUCCACAAGGUCCCAUUGGUUAUCCUGGCCCCCGGGGUGUGAAGGGUGCUGAUGGUGUCAGAGGUCUUAAGGGCUCUAAAGGUGAAAAGGGCGAAGAUGGCUUCCCUGGGUUUAAAGGCGACAUGGGUCUUAAAGGAGACAGAGGAGAAGUUGGACAAUUGGGCCCACGAGGAGAGGAUGGCCCUGAAGGUCCCAAAGGUAGAGCAGGCCCAACUGGGGACCCUGGUGGUCCUGGUCAAGCUGGAGAGAAGGGGAAACUUGGAGUUCCAGGAUUACCAGGCUAUCCCGGAAGACAAGGUCCAAAGGGUUCCACUGGUUUUCCAGGGUUUCCAGGUGCCAACGGAGAAAAAGGUGCCAGGGGUGUAGCUGGCAAACCAGGUCCCCGGGGACAGCGUGGUCCUACGGGUCCGCGUGGUUCAAGAGGUGCAAGGGGUCCUACAGGAAAACCCGGCCCAAAGGGAACUUCAGGCAGUGAUGGUCCACCUGGUCCACCUGGUGAAAGAGGACCUCAAGGACCUCAGGGCCCUGUUGGAUUCCCCGGACCAAAAGGCCCCCCUGGGCCACCUGGAAAAGAUGGGCUGCCUGGGCACCCUGGGCAACGUGGAGAAACUGGAUUUCAAGGCAAAACAGGUCCUCCUGGACCAGGUGGUGUUGUUGGACCACAGGGACCAACUGGUGAAACUGGUCCAAUAGGUGAACGAGGUCAUCCUGGACCUCCAGGGCCUCCUGGUGAGCAAGGACUUCCUGGUGCAGCUGGAAAAGAAGGUGCAAAGGGUGACCCUGGUCCUCCAGGUGUCUCAGGGAAAGAUGGACCAGCAGGACUUCGUGGUUUCCCAGGAGAAAGAGGCCUUCCUGGAGCUCAGGGAGCACCUGGCCUGAAAGGUGGGGAAGGUCCUCAGGGUCCGCCUGGUCCACUUGGCUCACCAGGAGAACGGGGUUCUGCAGGUACAGCUGGUCCAAUUGGUUUACCAGGUCGCCCAGGACCCCAAGGUCCCCCAGGUCCAGCAGGAGAAAAAGGAGCUCCUGGAGAAAAAGGUCCCCAAGGUCCAGCUGGACGAGAUGGAGUACAAGGUCCUGUGGGUCUUCCAGGUCCAGCUGGCCCUGCAGGUUCCCCAGGAGAAGAUGGGGAUAAGGGUGAAAUUGGCGAACCAGGACAGAAAGGAAGUAAAGGUGACAAGGGAGAAAAUGGUCCUCCUGGUCCCCCAGGCCUUCAAGGACCUGUUGGUGCCCCUGGCAUUGCUGGAGGUGAUGGGGAGCCUGGACCAAGAGGUCAGCAGGGAAUGUUUGGCCAAAAAGGUGAUGAAGGUGCCAGAGGAUUCCCUGGUCCUCCUGGUCCCAUUGGCCUUCAGGGCCUGCCUGGUCCCCCUGGAGAAAAAGGUGAAAAUGGUGAUGUUGGUCCAAUGGGUCCACCUGGUCCACCAGGCCCAAGAGGUCCCCAGGGUCCCAAUGGUGCUGAUGGCCCACAAGGCCCCUCAGGAUCAGUUGGCUCAGUUGGUGGUGUUGGUGAAAAGGGUGAACCCGGUGAAGCAGGAAAUCCUGGCCCUCCUGGGGAGUCUGGCCCUGGUGGUCCAAAAGGUGAACGAGGAGAAAAAGGUGAAGCAGGUCCCCCUGGUGCUGCUGGACCUCCAGGAAUCAAGGGACCCCCAGGUGAUGAUGGACCUAAAGGCAAUCCAGGUCCUGUUGGCUUCCCUGGAGAUCCUGGUCCUCCUGGUGAACCAGGCCCUGCUGGUCAAGAUGGUGUUGGUGGUGAUAAGGGUGAAGAUGGAGAUGCUGGUCAGCCUGGUCCUCCAGGUCCUUCUGGUGAAGCUGGCCCUCCUGGACCUCCUGGGAAAAGAGGCCCUCCUGGAGCUGCUGGAUCUGAGGGGAGACAAGGUGAAAAAGGCGCCAAGGGAGAAGCAGGAUCAGAAGGUGCCCCUGGGAAAACCGGGCCUGUUGGCCCUCAAGGACCAGCAGGAAAACCUGGUCCAGAAGGUCUUCGUGGUAUUCCUGGUCCUGUGGGAGAACAAGGGCUUCCUGGAGCUGCAGGCCAAGAUGGUCCACCUGGUCCUUUAGGCCCCCCUGGCUUACCUGGACUGAAGGGUGACCCUGGUUCUAAAGGGGAGAAGGGACAUCCUGGUUUGAUUGGUCUGAUUGGUCCUCCAGGAGAACAAGGUGAAAAAGGCGACAGGGGACUUCCAGGAACACAAGGAACUCCCGGAGCCAAGGGUGAUGGUGGGAUUCCUGGUCCAGCUGGUCCCGUUGGCCCCCCUGGACCUCCAGGCUUGCCAGGUCCUCAAGGUCCAAAGGGCAACAAAGGUUCUUCUGGUCCCACUGGUCAGAAGGGUGACAGUGGUGUUCCUGGGCCACCAGGGCCUCCAGGCCCUCCUGGAGAAGUCAUCCAGCCUUUACCAAUCCUGUCACCCAAAAAGACAAGACGACAUACUGAGGGUAUGCAAGCUGAUGCAGGAGAUAACAUCCUUGAUUAUUCUGAUGGCAUGGAGGAGAUCUUUGGUUCUCUCAACUCUCUGAAACAAGACAUUGAGCGGAUGAAAUAUCCCAUGGGCACCCAGAACAAUCCAUCCCGAACUUGUAAAGAUCUGCAACUCUCCCAUCCAGACUUCCCAGAUGGUGAAUAUUGGAUUGAUCCAAACCAAGGUUGCUCUGGCGAUUCCUUCAAAGUUUACUGUAACUUCACAGCUGGUGGAGAAACUUGCAUUUACCCCGAUAAGAAAUCUGAAGGAGUGAGAAUCUCAUCAUGGCCGAAGGAGAAACCAGGAAGCUGGUUUAGUGAAUUUAAGAGAGGAAAACUGCUCUCUUACUUGGACGUGGAAGGGAAUUCCAUUAAUAUGGUUCAGAUGACAUUCCUGAGACUUCUGAGUGCCUCCGCCAGGCAAAAUUUCACCUACAAUUGUCAUCAGUCAGUUGCUUGGUAUGACGUGGCAUCCGACAGUCAUGACAAAGCACUCCGGUUCUUGGGAUCAAACGAUGAGGAAAUGUCUUAUGACAACAACCCUUACAUUAAAGCUCUCUAUGAUGGCUGUGCUUCAAGAAAAGGCUUUGGGAAGAGUGUGAUUGAAAUCAACACCCCUAAGAUAGACCAAGUGCCUGUUGUUGAUGUCAUGAUUAAUGACUUUGGAGAUCAGAAUCAGAAGUUUGGAUUUGAAGUCGGACCAGUUUGUUUCCUCGGUUAAGAUUAGGGCAAAGAACAUAUAAACUGACAAACAUUUCACCUU